UGUAAUUUAGAUACCGCAAAAUUGAACAAGAAACGGUGCGUUUUAGUGUUUCUUUGGUUCCAUGUUGGUGUUUUGCUAUAAAAGCUAAAAAGUCACGUGCUUUGAGGGUAGUAUUUGGGGAAUGGACGCUAUUGGGAGUGGUUGUUGGGGGCUGUGGAAAUGGAAUCCGUUACCGCAGUCUCGACGGCGUCGUAUUCGCUCCAAUUCGGGUUCGGCGGAUGCGGCCGGCGGAGGCGGUUACCGGUUUCCGGUGAAGCAGGCGGUGACCGCCGCCUCCCUCGCCCUCACCGGCGACACAAUCGCUCAGCUCAGCCACCGUUGGAGGAAAGCAAAGGAGGGCGGUGGCAGUGUUUCUCAGGAUGAAUUGUGGAGAUACCUUUCAGACCAUGAUUGGCUGCGUGCUCUGCGAAUGACUUCAUAUGGAUUCCUUUUAUAUGGUCCUGGUUCUUAUGCCUGGUACCAGUGCCUUGACCACUGUCUCCCCAAACCAACAGUCCAGAACCUAGUGUUAAAGGUUGUACUAAACCAGAUUGUGUUAGGUCCAUGUGUCAUUGCUGUUGUUUUUGCAUGGAAUAAUUUAUGGCUACAGAAGCUCUCUGAGCUUCCAGAAAAAUACAGAAGAGAUGCUCUUCCAACGCUACUUUAUGGAUUUAGAUUCUGGAUCCCUGUCAGUGUAUUAAAUUUCUGGGUGGUGCCUCUUCAAGCCCGAGUGGCUUUCAUGUCAAUGGGCUCAGUAUUUUGGAACUUCUACUUGUCAUCAACAAUGACCAAAUAAAAUGCAUUGUUUACCAGCAUUUCGCAUUGUUUACAAUUUUUACAUUGAGAUUAAUCAAAAGUCUAAUAGCUUUUUGGUGAGGAAAGUUGUGGAGGAUGAGUUAUGAUUUGGAUGUUACCAUUCGUGUGCCGUGCAAUAGGCUUUGCCUGCUGAAUAGCUUAUGAUAUGAAAGAACAAUGGCAUUUUUCCUUCAAUGCUGACAAUUGUAAUAUUUAUCUUUCAUAUGAAAAGUUAUAAUGUAGAUGUUAGCUUUCAAGAAUGACUAUUUUUUUUAUGGAUAAUUGUUGAAUGCAUGAAUCUGAAUAUCAGAAGACCAAAAUAAUGUGCACUUUGGCAUUUUUUUUAGUGCCACCUUGGAGUGGCAUUACAA